CUUCAACUCUUCCAACCUAUUUUUCCUUACUCUUUCUCUUUCCUUUCUUUCCCCCCCUCCAAAAGAAUUAUUUCCUCUGGUGUGUCAACUUCGUUCUCCAGCUUUUCGUAUUCUUUUCGUUUCCCCCUCCCUCAACUCCUCCUUACCCAGAAUCCUCGAACAAUUCGGCCCUUGUGUGCCUUUUCUAGUGGUUCUUGGGUGCUGCUGACCUCUCUCGUGAGGCUGCAUCUCCAUCAUUGCUACCGUACACUAAAUUACGACCUUUUACCCGCUUUUUCUUCCCACUAGCCGCACCUUGUUUUCUCCCCUUCGACUACGUUGGGUCACAUUCUCCAUUUCCUUUCUUUCUCCCUUCACCAUCUCUCGAUUUGGGAGAUUCACAAAUAACAACUAGAAGAUAUGUCUGAAAUUCAAUCAAGGCCCUCUGCCUCCCGUGGCAGAGUAUCUGCCCGUGGCGGCCGUGGCGGCUAUAGCUCCAGAGGUGGUCGCGGUGGUAGCAGAUCCACAAAGGCAGACAACUCAGAGGGCGCACCCGCCGCAUUCGAAGAUGAAGGAGAAAUUGGCCAGAUGAAGAAGAAGUACUCCGACACCCUGCCCAUGCUGAAGGAAUUGUUCAGCGAUUGGACCGAUGAGGACUUGAUUUUCGCUUUGGAGGAUGCUGGUGGUGACUUGGAGGCAGCAAUUGAUCGCAUCAGUGAAGGCAAUGUCUCUCAGUGGGGCGAGGUAAAGAAGAAGACCGCAGACCGCAGCCGUCCUAAGCCCAAGGAGGUACAGAGCACCCCGACCGAGUCAGUCGUCCCCUCUGUUCGCGGAGGCCGUGGACGUGGUGGAUUUGAGGGCCGGGGCCGUGCCCGUGGAGAUCGGGGCCGUGGUGGUCGUGGAGGCAGGGCUGGUGUUCACACCAAUGGCGCCCGCACAGAGAAGCCAGCUGUCGCUGCGACCGUUGCCGAUGCUGCUGCUGCUGCUCCCGAGACCGCCACAGUUACAAAGACGGAGAACACUGUCGAUGCCGAGCCUACGGCUACCUCCGAACCUGUCGAUGCCUCGAAAGACGAUGCUCCCGACGUCCCCAAGCCCAGCGUGGUCCCCGGGGGAACGAAGACGGGUUGGGCCAGUCUGUUUGCUAAACCCGCACCGCCACCCCAGCCCAAGAAGCCCGCUGCUCCCGCUCCUGUUCAGGCCCCAGAGAAGCCUGCUGCCGCGCCAGUGGAAGAGCAGAAACCAGUUGAGCCCACUCCCGCCCCGGCUCCCGCUCCCGCUCCCGCUCCUGCUCCUGCUCCGGCUCCUGCUCCCGCUCCUGUUUCUGCUCCGGCUCCUGCACCUGCACCGGUUCCCGCCCAGGCUCCUGUUCCUAUCCCUGUCCCCGUCCCCGUUCCAGCACCCGCCCAGAAAGCUCCUGAGCCUGUCAUCCCUCAGACUCUGCCGACCGAAGAACCAAUCACUGUUAGCCCUCCUGCCGAAGUGCCCGCUCCUAAGGACGAUCUGACCAGGAACAACCUCGCCCAGAUCCCCGAUGUUUCUCCUCCCGCCCCCACCGCUACCGCAGCUAGCACUGUGGGCAGCACUCUCGAGUCUGCUGCUAAUGCUCCGGUUGCCGCAACCCCCACCCGUGCCCCGGCCAGCAUUCACCCCUCUAGCGCUUUGAAGCACAGCACUCGCACCCCGGGUACUCAACGUCGCGUUAUGGAGCAGCAGGAGGCCGUGGUUAUGCCAGGCAACCAUGCUGUGGAUCGCGCGGCUGUUCAGUUUGGCAGCAUGGGAUUGAAUGGCGAUGCUGCCGAUGUUGACAUUGACGAGAACAGAGAAGAUGCGGAAACUCGUGCCCAGCCUCCUCAGCAUUCUCCCGUCGCUCCUCGCGCCUCUCUGCCUCCUUCCACUCAAGCGCAGGUCCCCACCGAAACCCCUGCCGUUGCCCGUCCGGCUCCUGGUCUUCCUCCUGUUCCCCAGGUGUCUGCUGCCGACAACUCCUUUGUCGACUUCUCCCGCUACGCUGACGCCUCCCACAAACCCUAUGAUCCCUUCACCCAGCCGGUUACGCAGCCUCAACCUCAAGUUCAAGAGCCCUUCGCCAACCAGGCUCCCAUUCAGCCAACCGUGACCACCGGCAGCGAAUACUCGCCAUUCUAUGCUGUCGAUCAACGCCUUCCCUACAACUACUACGGCUCCUAUGGUCAAUCCCAGGACGCCACCGUUGCUGCCCAGAGAGCCGGGUUUGGUGUCUCUGGCGCCGAAGUGCAGCCGCACAUUCCCACCACGCAACCUCCCAGCCGCUACGGUCACGUUGAAGCUCCCAACAGCGGUCACACCACCCCCAACCCAACUCUCCCAGGCGCUACCCAGACGCCCACGGCCCAGCACAUGCCAGGCCAGGGUGCUCAUAACUACGGAUACGGCUACCCUUACUACUCCAACCCUCACUACGCCUCAUACAUGAGCGGAAUGAACCAGUACGGCAGAAAUCGCCCGAUGUACGACGAUGCUCGCCGAUAUGAUGAUCACUAUAUGCCCCACAGCAACCAGUACGGCUAUGGAAGCCAGUAUGGUCCCUAUGGCGGCAAGGCGGGAAUGUAUGGUCAACCCCACGCCUUCUCUUACGAUCACACCUCUUCACCUGCCACGGCGGCUUCUUUCAACCAAACCAUUCCCGGGCGUGACUCAGUCUAUGGUCGUACUGGAUCUGCUCAGCCAUCGGAGAGCCAGCAGUCAGCCGCCGCAGGAUCCACCGCUUUCGGAUCUGGCAUGUCGGAUGUCUUCGGUCGCUCCCAGGGCAGCUUCGGCCAGAACCAGCCGAUCACUCAACAACCCCCGGUGACAUCUGAGGAGACGAAGAGCUUCGAUACUCCGAAGGCGGCCGGACCCAGCCCAUCUCUUGCGCAGGCCAACCGCCCUGGUUCUGCCACGAACAGCGCCCCUGGUCAGCCUCAGGCCCAGAGCGGCCUUCCCCCGCUGCAGGGUCAGCAGGGUCAGCAGGGCUUUGGUGGUUACCCUCACCUGAACCCUCAGUAUGGUGGCGGCUUGGGUGGUCUGGGCGGUCACCAGGCGGCGGGUUCUCAGACUCACCACCAGCCUACUGGCUAUGGUAACUACGGCGGCGCAGGCUUCGCUAACUACUAUGGCAACACUGGACGUGGAGGCUGGGGGGGCAACUACGGCCACUAGGGGAUAAUGGCGUUACAUCUUAAGUGGUGAUGAAAUCUACAUUGGCUCUUUCCCUUUCCCUCUUUGCUUUUCUUUACCUUUUUCCUUGAUCUCGGGGUACGGCAAGCCCCUCCCUUAAAGGAGAAUAUCUCGUUUUAUAUGCCACUUGUUAACACAUAGCUCCUUUUUAUGUUCUUCUCACGUGUGUAAUCUGUACUCUCCACGAGAGCUUGGCUGGCUGCUUCUUUGGUUGAUUUCCCCGCGGGGUUGCACUCAUGAUGUACUGAAUGGAAAAAAAACGUUUGAUCUUUUGUGUUUCUGCCCCUUUUGCUCUUUUUCUCCUCUCAUGGGUUACGAC